CGCAAUCGCGUUGUGUUUUUUUUCAGUGCCGAAAACAACAUCAAAAUUUUCAUAACAAUGUUGGGAUAUUAGAGACGGCUACAAAAUUAAGAAGCACAUGUGCCCUGUAAGAGCGAACCGAAGCUGAGAAUCGAUCGAUAGAAGAAGCCGCAGAUUGUUGCAUAAACCGGGCAUCUACCGCACCGAAAUCGAAGAGGUGCUCCCUGGGAUUCCAAGCGAACUUUGGAUGCGCCGUGAUGAGCUUGCUGGUGCAAGUGUUCAAGUGGGACCAGCGAUGUCGCCUGCACCACCGGGUGGGCAUCCUGUUGUGGCGUGGCGUCAAGAAGCAGGCGGUGUAUCCGACUAAACUUGCUGAGGUGGGUCGUCUAGUGGAGGCACGCGACGACCGGUACGAGACGGGCCAACUAUUUCUGCACCGCAUCUUCGGCUACCGCGGCGUUAUAUUAUUCCCCUGGACAGCCCGCGUUUACGACCGGGAUCUGCACAAUCCCGGCAAGAUCAACGCGACCACGACUGCGAGCGCCAAUACGACGCAGCAGCACCGCACCAAAGAGGCUUCGCUUCGCGUGAAGGCCAACACCUCCGCUCCUCCGACGGCUGCUACCGCCCAGAGAGGCGAUGCCCCCACCUCGGCCGCCUUCCAGACGAACGCCGACGAAGGCACCACCAACGUGGGAACUGCCUCCCAAGUGGAUCCCAAGGAGGUCAAGGGCAAGGUGCAAACCUUUUAUCAGGUGCUCAUAGACACCCGCGACUGUCCGUACAUUCGCGCCCAGACCGAGGCGGUCACCUUUCUGGGCAACCAGGACUCCAAUCGCAGCUUGUACGCUAUCCCGGGGCUGGACUACGUGGCCCACGAGGACAUCAUGCCUUAUAGCUCCAGCGAGAAGAGUCCGCUGCAGCAUGAGCUGUUCGAUAAGUUCCUUACACACGCUCCGGAGGCGGACCCGCCAUUCGUGGGCCAGGACACGCUGAAGGCUUGGCAGGAAAAGAACCAUCCCUGGCUGGACAUGAGCGAUGUGCACAAGGAGACCACGGAGAACGUCCGUAUUACCGUGAUCCCCUUUUACAUGGGUUGCCGCGAGACACCUGCUAGUUCAGUCUACUGGUGGCGGUACUGCAUCCGGUUGGAAAACCUUGGCGAGCUGAGCGUGCAGCUGCGCGAGCGACACUGGCGCAUUUUCUCAUUGUCCGGAACCCUGGAGACGGUGCGUGGAAGGGGCGUGGUGGGCCAGGAGCCCAUUCUGAGCCCCCGGCUGCCCGCCUUCCAGUACAGCAGCCAUGUGAGCCUGCAGGCGCCCAGCGGCCAUAUGUGGGGCACCUUCCGGCUGGAGCGCGAGGAUGGCUACUCCUUCGAUUGCAAGAUUCCGCCCUUUUCACUGGAGAGCAAACCGGACGACCUGGGUCCGCCCACACCGGCCACGACCAGUCCCCACGAUAAGAAGCGCGGUGAUAGCGAUUAAGAGGCAAUUGUUGACCCGUAGUUAAAUGAUUUUAAAACGCAACCUUUUUCUGACAAUGCAUGCGUACAUGUGUUUAGUGCAAAUUACAAUAUUCAACAAGGA